GUACCAGAACGCAUCAAGGCGAUGAAUUCGAGCAUUAAGCUUCUUCUCAUCCUCAGGGACCCCGUGAUCAGGGCCAUAUCGGAUUAUACGCAGUUGCACAGCAAUCCAUUGGCGAACCGCAGCAGUAGAUCGUUCGAGCAGCUGGUGGUGAAGCCGGACGGCACGGUCAAUACCAACUACCGGCCGGUGUCCGUGUCCACAUACCAUAACCACGUUUACCGGUGGCUGGACGUAUUCCCCAGAGAACAGUUAUUCGUGGUCAACGGCGACCGACUCAUCACCAACCCCGUGUCCGAGUUGAACCGCAUCGAGACGUUUCUGGGCCUCGAACACAGGAUCAGCGCCGACAACUUCUACUUCAACCGGACUAAGGGGUUCUACUGUCUGCGGUAUGGGCCUGUGGACAAGUGCCUGAAGGAGACCAAAGGCCGGAAGCACCCGGACGUCCGGCCAUCGGUCGUGGCCAAACUCCGGGAACACUUCGGCCAGCACAACCAAAAAUUGUAUGACGUAUUGGGCCAAGACUUCGGGUGGCCGGAGAAGUAGCGAAUGACUUUGGUGUGGAAUGGUGGAAGAAGACGAGUGCCUGUGUCACGGUUACAUUGUUUAAAAAAAAAAAUAUUUUUCGUUCUUUUGGAGUUUUGUAUACAGGGAUACACUAUAUCUAUA